ACUGUUCUCUCUGCAUAAGAAAAUUUCUGUCUUAUAAAACUCAAUGUCCAACUUGUUGUGUGGGGAUCUUAACCCCUGACUUGAGAAACAAGUGUUAAUUGGGAAAACAGCUUAUGUCAGUUAAUUUUUCAAGGAAUCAUCUGUUGAAGUUUGCUUUAGAGUCACCACCCAUAUCUCCUGCCUCUUCCUCUUCAAAGAACCUGGCUGUCAAAGUACAUACUCCUGUAUCCUUCAGACAUUCUUUAAAGCAGGGAAGCAGGUUAAUGGACAGUUUCUUGAUCAGAGAAAUGGGUGGUUCUACAUCAGAGUUGAUGAUAAAAGAAAAUGAAAGCAAAUUCAGCCCUCAAAAAGAGGCAAGCACUGCUGCAGAGACCAAAGAGGCACGUUCUGUAGAGAAGAUGACUCCAGGCUCCUCAGUUGCUAGUUGUCCUGAGACACCCUCUACAUCUGCUUUGAAACAAGUUACUAAAGUGGAUUGUCCUGUUUGUGGGGUUAACAUUCCAGAAAAUCACAUUAAUAAGCACUUAGACAAUUGUUUAUCACGUGAAGAGAAGAAGGAAAGCCUCAGAAGUUCUGUUCACAAAAGGAAGCUGCUGCCCAAAACUGUAUAUAACUUGCUGUCUGAUCGUGAUUUAAAGAAAAAGCUAAAAGAACAUGGAUUAUCUGUUCAAGGAAAUAAACAACAGCUCAUUAAAAGGCACCAAGAAUUUGUACACAUGUACAAUGCCCAGUGUGAUGCUUUGCAUCCUAAAUCAGCUGCUGAAAUAGUUCAAGAAAUUGAAAGUACGGAGAAGACUAGGAUGCGUCUUGAAGCUAGUAAACUCAAUGAAAAUGUAAUGGUUUUUACAAAGGAGCAAACAGAAGAUGAAAUAGAUGAAAUUCACAGUAAAUAUCGUAAAAAACAUCAGAAUGAAUUUCAGCUUCUGGUGGAUCAGGCCAAAAAAGGAUACAAAAAAACUGUUGGGAUGUCAAAAAAAACAGUAACAAGAAAAGAAAAUGAAUCUACAGAAGAGCUAUUAUCUGUAUGCAUGGGACAGGAAGAUAAUAAAAUGGAAUUCUCAGAUAUGACUUCAGUAACAAACCACCUUCCUCAGUUGAAGCUGUGUUCCUCAGAGAAAUUGGAGCCUGAUAAACCAGAUGAUUCUUCUAGUUGUACUGAUAUUCUAGAAGCUCUUUCUUCACCAGAAUCAGAUUCAUGCAAUAGUUCCAGUUCAGACAUCAUAAGAGAUCUUCUAGAAGAAGAGGAAGCCUGGGAAGCAUUACAUAA